CAAACACGGCGUCUUGAAGCUCUUGAACUGCUUUGACAUGGAUUGUGAGACACCAUGUUCAUUCAAGUUUGCUGAUGAUAAGAUUAUAGAGUCUACACCGGCAAAGCUGGCUGGUAUAUUUUGCAUGCAGAGGAUUGGAAGCAGAAAGGGUCAGAAGCUGUUAAAGUACUAUUGUCCUAGUGAUUUGACUGACAAUGUUUUAUACAGCAAAUACUUCACCGAUAUCAAAUCUACAAAGCAUCAGACGACGGUGACUAAGACAAACAUUUUAGAGAAGAUAAAACAACUUAUGGCAAAAAGGAGAAAAAGUGGGAAAAGAAAGAAAGUUGAUGAAAAGGAUCUAGUUUGCCUGAUAGGUCUUUAUCUUUGCUGUGUAUUGUUUUUUGGCGACAAAAAUGCCAAUGGAGUGAACGCGAAAUAUCUUAGUAUCGUUGAAACUUAUGAUACGGUGCUCAAGGUGUCGUGGCCUGAUUUAAUACACGAGCACUUGUUUGAAGAGAUUCAUACUAAUCUUAGUUGUUUGUCAAAUGUGAAGGCUUGUGUGCAAUACCUACUGUUAUUGUUUGCUGAACACACGCCAGCAGGAUUAAUCCCGAAAGUUGAGAACCACGAGGAAGAUAUCCCGAGGGUUGGGAGAUGGGAUAUAUACCAGAUUUCUGAUUACAUUUGGAAAACAGACAUGACACAGUUUUCGCCAACUCCUAGCUUUGUGGCUGAGUUUUCACAGCUUGAGAAGCAGCUGGGUAUAUCAACCGUGGUACCCAGCAAGGACGACCUGCAAAGUUGGCUGAAAGCGCAAACUAUUGAGAAUAGCCAUCUGAAAGAGCAACUGCAAGAAAAGCAAGCAAUGCUUAAAGCAGUGUAUGCAAUUGCAAGAGAAGGGAUAUCAGAAGGGGACCUUUCAGGAACAGCGGAAUUCAAGGUUCACAAAUUUAGUUGCCAAAUUAUGCAAGCAAUGGGUAUUGAUCCUUACAAAGUGACCCAGGAAGAGUUUAUGCAACAUGAAGAUGAUGUACAUGGAGGUACUGAGCAUGGAGCUACUGAGCAUGAAGAAGAAGAGUUACAAUUAGUUGAGACAGAGCAACAAGGAGAUGGAAGUACUGAGCAAGAGAAAGAGAAAGAUGACACUCCACCAAAGAAAAGGCCUGUCGCAAAGCAAAAGCCCACUCCUACAAAUAAUGUUGAUGAGGAGCAGAAGAAAGAUGUUGAAGAGACACCUGUUACGGAUGAGGCACAGAAGAAAGCUGCAGAUGGUGGAGUUGUGGAUGGGGCAGGUGAUGAUGUAGCUGCAAAAGCCGUAGGUGAUGAUGUUACUGCAAAAGUCAAUGAGGAUACACCUGCAACUGUUGGUGACGGUUUGGUUAUGACUGCUCCAACUCAGCCAACUCCUGGAACUUUUGAUGACAGUUCUGCUUCAACACAGUUUGAGGACUCCAUGGUGAUAACUGCUACAACACCGCAAACACAGCCUGACAAUGCUCAGACCUACAGGUUGGUGCAACUAGGAGCUAACCCCGAUGAUAUGACGAAUGUUGAAGUGAGUGAAAUGAUAGAUGAGAUCGUCAGCAACAUUAACAAAACUGAACAUGGACCCGCAGUGACGGAGAAUGCAGAACCUACCUCAACUGCUACAACGCAGGAAAACGUUUUUAGCCUUGGAUUAGAAAAAACUCCAAAACCUGCAGGAGAGUUACUGAAGGAAGCUGCGAAUACAAUAAGAGAAAGGCAACCAUCAUUAACAACAACGUGUGCUGAGGAAUAG